GUAGCAAAGCAGCUGGAAAACAUUUUUCUCACAUUAUCUGAGACUGAGAAAACAAAAAUCAUUUUCUUUUAAGUAUGAAAAUUCAAGAGGAAAGCCACAACUUCAGAUCCCUGUUUAUGUCCUUCCUUUCCCCCCCCCCCUCCCCCGUGUAACCCUGUAUGUAUGUAUAUAUCCCUGGUAUGUAUGUGUGUAUAUAUCCCUGGUAUGUCUGAAGCUGUCGCUGAAGAUAACAGCAUGUCUGCUCAUGAAGGACUUGUGAAACUGGAUAAUUAGACUGUCCUGAAAACAACUCUCUAAUUGUCCUUAGUGAAAGCAGCAUCUGCCUCUCUAACAUCAGUGUCUUAGACUUAGUUGUGCCAGCAGAACUGCUGCAAUUGCACUUUGGCUCUAAUUGUCUGUGGAAGUCUACAAAGCAAAUUAUGUUUUGUCUUUGUGGGAGUAGUGAAGGCUUAAAAAUGAUCAUACAAAACACUGAACAUCAGUAUUCUGUGCAUCUUUUCCUUUGUUUUGGUAAAUGAAAGUGAGCACUUCACCUUAGCAUCAAAAAUAUUCGGGACUCAGACUGAGAGGGCCCAGAAUAACCUGAUCUUGGGCUCUGCUUCUAGCAGCGGGAGGGACCAGGUAUCUCCAGAAGGCCCCCACCAAGAAGACUCUUCUGUGAUUCUACAAUUCUAAGUUAAUGCCAACUAAAACUAUCACAAGAAAUCAAACAGGAAAGUUGCUACCUACUUGCUGUCAGCUGGAAACAACUGCAGUUUUGAUUUGAAUGAAGAGGGAAAUUUCAGCCCUCACUGAGAAUUAUUUUUGAUCCCUGAGCCAACUGGAUCCUUCAUUUUUAGUGUAUCCUCACCUCCUGAUCUUUAUCAGGUCCUUCAUAAAGCAGCUUCCUAGUGUGCUUACCUCUGCUCAGAAAUGCCCUGGUGUUCCAGUAAUGUGUCACAGUUUUCCUUUGUGAAAAUCAAAGCCAAGCAAGUAUUCCAUUCCUGACUGGCUGUUUUUUUCUGCUGUGUAUGGCCAGAGCAUUAUUCUUAUCCACGAUUCUUGCUCUUUCCCUGCCUCCUUUGCUGGCACAGGUGGAAAAGUACUCAGUGACCGAAUAAGCUUGUGGUGAGCUGUGAAAAUCCUUAGCGCUCUCAGUGGCUUGAGGAAAGAACACAUUUGCAAAUUCCUCUGACUUUUACAAAGGGAUAGGUUAAACCAGAGGUUGCUGUGUAUCAUUUCACACACUUCUUUUGAAUUAACAGAAAAUGACAAGUGAAAAUAAUUAUAUUCACAAGAGAGUACUAUUGAUAUGAUUGACCAAAUUAUUUUUCUGGUCUUGGAAGGAGGCACAGAUUUUUUACCCUGAAGUAGUAUUUGGCCUCUGAAUUUUAACCACCUAAAAGUGAGGUAACUAGAAUCAUCUUUCCUUUUGCUAAAGUUAAUGGAGAAAAAAUGUAAUCUCGAGUAAACACUAUAUCCUGCUUAACUAGGAUAGAAUUAAAUGCCCAUUGAUAUGCUUAGCAUGAGGGAACUGAGACAGCUGGCUUAAAUGUGGAUGUUCUCAGUAUCUGGAGUCAUGCAAAAUGAAGCCCACCAAAAGAAAUCACAGUCUAAAUCUGCAAACCCAGCCUGAGGUGCAAACCUUCUUAGCACACCAGAGAAGCUUCAUGAAGGUGUGGGCAUUUGCGUAGCAUCAUCAUCAAAAAAUCUUCCUAUAAGAUUUAGAAGAUUCUAAACCUAUCAGAUUUAAAAAAGAUUUCAAAGAUCAAAGGCAAUUGUUUGAUACGUGAGAAGAGGAGAGCAGUUCUGGCAUACUGUAACAGAGAUCGAAUUAUUGCAUCCACCCCUCCUGCUACCUCCACCCCCAAAAUCUGAAAACUUCCUGAUUUGUGUUCAUCAAUAAUUAAGAGCCCAUCAGCAAUACUCAGAGGGAGCUUGCAUUGCACUUCUGAGCAGCCAGUUAGUAAUAUAUGGUGGAGAGAUCCUCUUUUUCAAAUCCCAGGGCUCCAGGCCAUGCAAUGCUAGUAUUGCAUUUUCAAUUAGCUUCUGAGUGAAUGCUUGGCAUAUGUAGAAGUGAGCUGGUACACAAUUAGCUUAUUGUUCCUUUCAGCUUUCUGCUGAGAGGAUCUGAAGGACUGCUGAAGAGAGGGGAGAGGGGAAAAAAAAAAGAAAAUAGCCAAGCUAGUGGCAUCUCUGUGGAUGUGGAAUAAGGGAGUUGCUCGACUCACGCAGACUCCCGAGCUAAGUCGGGAGUUACAGCUGUUACUGCAGAGCACUCAGCCUGGCUGUGGGGAGGGCGCCGGGAAAGGGGCAGACCCAGUCUCAAGCUCCAGGCUCUUCUCUCGUCUGACUCACCGCAGCAUCACAAUGGAGCCCAACAGUCCCAAAAAAAUACAGUUUGCUGUGCCCUUGUUUCAGAGUCAAAUAGAUCCCGAGGCAGCUGAGCAGAUCAGGAAAAGAAGGCCUACACCAGCAUCACUCGUCAUCAUGAACGAACAUGUGCCUCCAGAAAAAGAUGAGAAGAGAACAAGCAUCUCACAGGCAGAGUCCCAGAGUGCCUCUCCCAAGCAGAGGAAGCAGAGCGUCUUCACCCCUCCUGCCCUCAAAGGGAUUAAGCAUCUGAAGAGCCAGAGUGAUUCAGUGUUUCCAGAAGAAGAAGAGGGAGUUGGUGAAAGGGAAGAGGAGUGGGGCCAUUAACCAGGGCAGAGCUGUCUCGAGCCCCAUCACAGAGAGUAACUGAACUGUGGGGCCGUGCGUGUGCCAGACCCUCCACCGCCUGCUCCAUGUGCCUCUGGGGCUCCCUGGGAAGUGCCCUCAAAUGGGCUUCACAGACACCUGCAAACGUGUCCUGUGACCCCUAUACCUGAAGAUAAAACAGUUAUUUUAAAGUCAUUUUUCUUUCAUUUUCUAUGACUUAGAAAUGUAAUCUGCAAAUGUGUUAGCUACCUGACAUCAGUACUGCCAGAGCUUAACUACUGUGUGUGAGCUGUACUCUAAGGCUUGUUGUAAAUAAAACUGAUUUAAAAUGUGCAAAAUAAAUAAUACGUUAAUUUCGACAA